AUGAUGACGUUGGAAGAGCUGCACAUGUUGGAUUGGUCGCAGGUCGCAGAGAUCUCGACGGAGGGGCUGGUCAAGAAGUGCUUGAAACUGCACACAGCCUUGCGCGAGCUGGUGGGCUUGCUGGAGCCAGAGAGUGAGAAGGCUGCCUGCGACAUCCUUCAGGAUGAUGACCUCUGCGAGGAAGAUUCCGAAGUGUCAUCUCAGGCAGAGAGGGAAGCACUGGCACUGGAGAGGCCUCCGAGGCCUCUCGAAGACGUGCUCGGAGACGAGCCAAUGGAGGUAAGCGCAGAAUGUGACGGGCCAUGGCCGACCUCGGAGCAAUCUGCAGGAGAUGCACCACGCUUUGUGCUGCCAAAAGCUGUUGCCGACAUGCCUCUCCAGGGGGACGCUGAUGUGCCAUUGACCACAGCUGUGAUCUGCGACAUCCCAGAGCACCACACGUCAGAGUCCUUCAGGCUCCAGCUCGAUGGCUGCCGUCUAAGUUACAACUUCUUCUACAUGCCUCCCAAAAGGCAGGAUGGCGAUGGUCAGUUCGCCAUUGUGAACUUUGUAGAUCCCGAGAAUUGGAUGGAUUGCUACUGCAAAUUCCAAGACUUAUCCUACGAGGGAGUCAUCUUCCUGUGCCCAAUCCAAGGGUUGGAGAACAAUCUUGCUUAUUGGCAAGAAGGUGCCCUUGAGGCCCUUGAGCCGCUCAACUUGGCCAAGCAACCGGUUGAGACAUUGGCCUGGAUUUUCACAUUUCUGGACACCCAGAGUGUGGGGCGCGUGCGAUGCGGAUGCAAGCACCUCAAGCGAGGGCAGAUUGCGAAGCUCUGGUGCAAAUGUCGUCUGCAUGACAUCACCUCAAGCUCGAAAAGACGUCGGAAAAGCUGA